AUGAAGAAGCUCUCCAUCGUGGCAAAAUGCACACCGCAGUGUAUCAUCUUUCUGCGGACUUUAGGCAACAUACAGCAAGUGAAACAGAUUACACUGGAGGAAGCUCUACAGAGUGAUGAAAUAAAAGCUGCCAUCAUCAGUUUGGAGAAUCAGUUUCAUGAGGAUUACGUGAGAAUGUUUCUGGAGGCAGGAAAGCAUGUCUGUGUGGAAUAUCCGUUGGCACUCUCAGUGGCUGCAGCCCAAGAACUAUGGGAUCUUGCUGAUAUCAAAGGAAAAGUUCUACAUGUGGAGCACAUAGAAUUACUGACAGAAUCGUACAAGCAGUUGAAACAGCAAGUGAAUGGAAAAGAGCUGAUAGAGGGUUCCCUGCAUUUCACAGGUGGACCUCUAGAUAGACAACGCACCGGAUUCCCUGCUUUUAGUGGAAUAUCACGUCUUUCGUGGCUUGUGGAUCUCUUUGGGGAGCUCACGUUUAAAUCUGCUACAUUGGAAGAACAACAAAAGCAGCAUUACUGGAAGAUGACGGUACAUUUCCUUACUAAAAGUAGCAGACCCCUAGUGUGGACUGAGGAAAGAGGAUCAGAGUUGAAACGCAAAAAAGAAAUACAUUUCCGGUUCAAAUCAGAUACCUUGGAUCAUUUUCCAGAAGCACCUAAUAGCCAUGUUGGACUAUUCAUGCAAGACCUCAAUUUGUUUGCCCAGAAACUAGCAGGCCAAACACGCACUGAACUCUCUGAAAAGAAUCGCAUCCUGCACUGUCUGGACCUGGCAGAUAAGAUAAGAAUUUUCUAUCUCUGGAAUGGGACUUCAAUCUGAAAUCUUCUGACUUAGAAGUGAGACUGCUAGCCACUAACUUCCAGGUAGGUUUUAAAGGCAAGAAAUAAAUUACAACUAAGGAUUCCAUAGGAUAUAUAAGACAAAGAAGCAGUGCAUUUGCCUGAACCAGUCUGUACCAUUAUUAAUGCUUCACUUAAGCCAACUCUUAUUUUCCUAAUCCAAAUCAAUAUUUGUAACUGUCUAUUCACUUUCUCUUCACAUGUCUGUCCAGUUUCUCCCCACUAUACUAUU